CCUUCUUCCUCCUCCUCCCUUGUCCUGGGUCCCGGCCAAUAAGCAAGAGGGAAAAGCAGUGACGAUCCAAAGGAACCAAUGGAGGACUACUACUACUACUUCCCCAGCUCCGGGCAGAGCGCCGGCUACGUCGAGGUGGCCUUCCCGGGCCACGCCGUGCCUCGCGACCCGAGCUCGCCGUCGCCGAGGCCCCGCCGCGCGUCCCGCGACGCCGGUGAGCUCCGGCACCACUACCUCGCCGCCUGCUUCCGGUGCCGGCGGCAUCUCGGUGGGAACAAGGACAUCUUCAUGUACAGGGGCGACACCCCGUUCUGCAGCGAGGAUUGCCGGCAGCAGCAGAUCGAGGCCGACGAGGCGACGGAGAGGGGGUCCAAGCUGCCCGCCGCCGCGACGAGGGAGCGGGAGCGGCGGCAGCGGCAGAGCAGCAGCCCGCAGAGGAUCCCCCUCUGGGCGCGGUAGAUCGAUCGAGCCGGCGGCAUCCAAUCGAACCCCUACUACUACGACACAUACGAGUGCCUGAACUGAUUGGCGCAUGUCGAAUCGUCGAUGCCUCGAGUUCGUGGCACGCAUGUGGCCUCCAGCUAGCUCGUUGGUUGCCAACGAACAAGACGCCACGAGAAGCUGCUUCAGCGGUUGAGACUGAGGGGACGCGAGGAGGGAGCCUUGCCCCUCCCUGUUGUCUCAGAGAACAUGACAUGUCGUCCCUUGGCCCAGUUUUUGUGUGGAUUACCGAAUUAUUAGUCCAGGUUUUUGUUCCGUUGCUCGGCGCGAUCAAGCACGGGCAUAGCUGGGGUUUGUGUAUGUUUGUGGGCGAUUGCCAUGUACUCCAACAUUCUGGUACGAACUGUCAUGAACAAAUACCGUCAAGCGCGAGCUGUGGCUUUUCCAUAUUCACAGCUUUUCCAUA